CACAGUCGGCAGUUGAUAUUCCAGCGGAUCGGAUCUUACUUUUUUUUUUUGUGUUUCCAAUGAUUUACAAUUUUUUUUUUAGUGUCUUACUAAACUGAAGUGACAAAAUGAACGGAUCUGCCAGGAGCAGACUCCUCUUGUGCUUGGCGAUAUUUUUUAUCAUGGAUAUAUGGCCUUCGGCCGAAGGCUUUGUCAAUUCGCCAAAAAUUAUAAGUAAAGAUGGUAAUUUGAUUUUUGAGUCGGGCGCCAAUCGUAACAUCAGUUUUCGACUGAGCGGAACUUCGCGGCUUUUGAUUAAUGAGGAGUACGAUGUAAUGGAUCUGUUAAUGGCCAACAGUGGCUCCAAGAAGCGACCCGGUGGUGCCAAGGAUGAAUGGAACACCGCCGAGGACUUCGUGGAUGUGCGGGAAUUGGCAGAUCAACUGGCUGAUUUCAAGAGAAAGGCUUUCGGUGCCAACGGUUUGAGUUUAAAGCUGCGACAGCAACAGAACAGGACUCGCAUGUCGAUGGCUCUGAUGCGGCGUUUCCAGACACGACUGAGGUUGGUGGAGAACCGGGUUAGCCGAAUGAAGACGCAGUUGGACACCAACAACUGUGCAAGUGGACCCUGCGAGAACGGAGGCACCUGCUACAACACUUUCAACGGAUUCCGAUGCCAAUGCCGGCCGUCCUUCGAGGGCACCAAGUGCGAUGUGGACGUCAACGAGUGCGCCCUGUUCGAAGGAACCGAUCUGGGUUGCCAGAACGGAGGACAAUGCCAGAAUCAGUUUGGAACGUAUAGUUGCUUGUGUCAGCCGGGUUGGUAUGGAAUGCACUGCACCCAGCGUAAGGCCGAUUGCUCGCAGUCUAGUGCCUGGGAAAUGUGUGGCCACGGAUCCUGCAUUCCAAGUGCAGAUGAUGCCGGCUAUCGUUGCGUCUGUGAACCAGGUUGGAAGACCAAUGGGCUGACUCCCGUUUGUGGCGAGGAUGUGGACGAGUGCAGUGAUUCGGCGGCCCAUAAGCCAUGUUCAACCCACUGUAUUAAUCUGCCGGGAAGUUUCACCUGCGGUCCCUGUGCCGCCGGCUUGACUGGGAAUGGAAUAAACUGCCGAGAUCUGGACGAAUGCCAAACUAAUAAUGGUGGCUGCAGUCUUAAUCCCAAGGUGGAUUGCAUAAAUACCUACGGAUCGUAUCAUUGCGGUGAGUGUCCAAUUGGCUGGACUGGCGAUGGACGGCAGUGUGAGAGAGCUGCCCAGGACUUCAAUAAUCCGACCGGACAAGCUCCCAUACAGUGUCCGGUGGGCAACAAUGCUUGCUAUCCCUCAGCCAGCUGCUUCUUGAUAUCAGGAACUAUAUCCUGCAGAUGUCCGGCUGGCAUGGUCGGAACAGGAUAUGGUCCAAAUGGCUGCGUCAAUGGGACCACUUCGAAUUGCCUUGGAAAUCCCUGUCUGAACGAUGGCAUUUGCUUGGACGCCGGACCCUCAAACUUUACCUGUCUAUGUCCCGCUGGAUUCCGUAAGCCGAUAUGUGAGCCAAUGCCAAGUCCUUGCGAUCUGCAUCCGUGCAAGAAUGGUGGACGCUGCCUUCCGACAACCGCUGGCGUAAAUGGUUUUAUCUGCCAGUGUUUGCCGGGCUAUAGGGGACGUCUAUGCGAGACGCGAUUCAGCAGUUGCAACGGCCUGCUGAGUGCCCCAAGUGGCAGAUUAAGGUAUCCCACAGAUGGAGUCGGAUACGACCACAAUUCCCAGUGCGCCUGGGUAAUCAGAACCAACGAAUCCCUGGUAGUCAAUGUAACAUUCAACUCUUUUGAUGUGGAGGACUCGACGGAAUGUCGUUUCGAUUGGCUACAGAUUAACGAUGGUCGAUCAGCAGCUGCCCAGAUAAUUGGACGCUUCUGUGGAAACCAUUUGCCCCAUGGAGGAAAUAUCGUUUCAUCUGGAAAUCAACUAUAUCUUUGGUUCCGAUCCGACAACUCGACGGCUAAGGAGGGUUUCGAUCUCUCGUGGAAUUCAAUGCCGCCGCAGUGUGGCGGCCGUUUGGAUUUUGAGACCCAUGGCACACUCGCCUCGCCGGGAUCACCGGGUAAUUACCCUAAGAAUCGAGACUGCCGGUGGCAACUAGUGGCUCCCACCAGCAAACGCAUUAAGCUGACUUUCUUUAGCCUCCAACUGGAGCAGCACGAUAGUUGCAAUUUUGAUUACGUUAAGAUCAAAGACAUCAUUUCAGCACGGGAACUAGCAAAGUUCUGCACCAGCGGGGCACCCGCGCCACUGCUUUUGCCCACUCACAUGGCGGAGAUACACUUUCAUUCAGAUGCAGAUGGCAGCGAUACGGGCUUCCAGCUGCACUACUCUGUGGAGGAGCGUGUACCAGGCUGCGGUGGAGUCUAUACUGCCAGAGAGGGUACCAUUUCUGAGUCAUCAUCGGCCAAUACUGAAUCUGGAGGUGUUUCUUGCGAAUAUGACAUCCAAUUGGCCGUGGGCGAGCAGAUAGCCAUUCAGUUUACGAGUCUGAAGCUGGAGUCACAGGACUGUAUCGAAGUGCUGGAUGUUACGGAUGAGGGUAGUUCUAUACUACAGGAAAAGAUCUGCGGAUCGGAUGCGGCACGUGCCAAUCCUCCGGCUUACACCUCAAUGUUUAAUCGCGUCAAGAUCAAGUUUUAUGCCCUUGCGGGUAGCUUCCAGCUAAACUACCGAUUGGCCUGUGACUUUGUUUUUGACAGUGACCAGGGCGUAAUUACCUCGCCAGGGUAUCCCAAUCUAACCAGAACUGAUCGGCUAUGCACUUAUACGAUUAAAACGGCCGAAAAUUUGGUGAUCAGUCUGAAUAGGAUCGAUUUUCAGCUGACUAGCAAAGAUAUCGACGAGGACGAAGAUGAUAAGAGCUGUUUGUCCACCAAUUUGAGAAUCAACGAUGGAGUAAACCGCCAGAUUCUAGGACCCUACUGUGCCAAGAAUCAGCCAGCAGAGGACUUUGUCAGUAAGACCAACUACCUGCAGCUCCACCUCACCACUGAUAAGGAUAGCGAGGGACGUGGCUUCAAGUUCAGCUACAGAGCACUGCCUGCGGACAGCGAGAAAUGUGGCGGAGUGCACACUCGGUCUGGCGACCACAUCCGGCUGCCUGUGGAUGCGUAUGGCUCUUAUAACGCAGAAGCCGAAUGCUAUUGGGUGAUAAUGGCACCACCCAACAAAGCAAUCCGCCUGCAUUGGAACAGCUUCAGUUUGGAACAUUCUCCGGAGUGCUUGUUUGACUAUUUGGAGAUCUAUGACAGCCUGCGAGCCCAGGUGGGCGAUAAGGAUGUCAUGCCUCUGGCCAAAUACUGUGGCAGGAGUGUUCCGGAGGAUCUAAUCAGCUACUCGAGACAGAUUGUCCUAAAGUUUGUCUCCGACUACAGCGACUCGGACGGCGGCUUUGAUUUGACUUACACUUUUGAGGAUCGCGCCAAUUGCGGUGGCUUGAUUCACGCUUCUAGCGGUGAGUUAACCUCUCCGGGCUAUCCUGCCAAAUAUUUAACCAACUUGGAUUGCGUAUGGCGGGUGACCGGAUCCGUUGGUCAACAGUUAGAGAUUCAGAUAGAGAUCUUUGAUAUGGAACAAUCGUCGAACUGUUCGGCGGAUUAUUUGGAAAUAAGGAAUGGUGGCAGUAUAGAUUCUCCGCUUAUAGGAAGCUUCUGUGGCCAGAACAUACCCACGCGGAUACCAAGCUUUUCUAACGAGAUGAGGCUCCACUUCCACUCGGAUGCCGCGAUUAAUGGUCGUGGCUUCCGGCUGCGCUGGCGAGUCUUUGCCAUUGGAUGCGGUGGUAUUCUUCGGUCUAAUACCGGCGCCAUCUCUUCGCCCAGGUACCCGAUGACGUAUCCACACAUGGCAUAUUGCGAGUGGCGGAUUAAUGUGCAUCCCGGAUCGGGCAUCUUGCUGAUAAUCGAGGAUAUGGAACUGGAAAGUUUAAGUGACUGCUAUUACGACAGUGUGAAGAUCUACUCGGGAAUUAAACAAUCCAAUCAAAAUCCAGAUAAAAUGUUAUGCAACAACGGGGAUGUAAAGAAUAAACUCAUCAAGCUGGAGACUAGCAUAGCCACUAUCGUUUUCCAAACCGAUUCGUCCAAUGCCUUCCGUGGAUUUAAAAUUUCAUAUAAGGCAGAUUGCGUGAGAAACCUAACAGCCACCUCUGGAACCAUUGAGAGUCUUAACUACAUGGAACCCUUCUGGGAAACAAUACCCAUCAAUUGCAGCUGGACAAUUCGUGCGCCCAAGGGCAAUCAUAUUCGCCUGGAAGUAUCCCAUUGGGAGCGACACGAGGAGCACAUAAUAAGUUCCCCCAUUCCCAGUGGCUUGUACAUCGUAGAUGGCAGUAAUAUUAAGAACAUAAUCACCACAGGGCCACUGAAUAUUAGUGGAACAGUAUUAACCGUCCUCCACAAUGCCAGCACUGUGAACUUUCAACUGGACUACCGUAUUGAUGGCUGCUUUGAGGAACUACGUGGCGAAAGUGGGUCCUUCCAUUCGCCGAACUAUCCGAAAAUGUAUCCCAACGACGUGGAAUGCUACUGGCUAAUCACAGUCCAGCAGGAUAGCGUCAUAGAGCUUACGAUCAACGAUAUGGAUCUUCAGGAGAGCCCCAAUUGUACUAAGGAUGCCUUGUCGGUGUCCAACCAUAAAGAUCAUGUGGAGAUCCAUGAACGACAUUGUGGAUCAACGCAAAAGUUGGUUUUCACCAGUUCCGGCCACAGGAUGCACGUCCGUUUCAGCUCGGACGCUUCAAGCAAUGGACAAGGCUUUGAGGCCACCUAUCGAACUGUGAAAGCAGCUUGUGGUGGCAAAAUUUCAGCCCGAAAUGGAGUGAUCCAAUCACCUAACUACCCGUUGAAAUAUCCCGCCAAUAGUAAUUGCGAGUGGCAGUUGGAAGUGUCACCAUACCACCAGAUCGUUUUUGAGCUACACGAUGUUGAACUGGAGACUGGCUAUGAUUGUGGAUUUGAUUAUUUGGAGGGCUUCGAUGUGGCUGAAGACGACAGUGAUGGUCAGAGACUGUUCAAAAUCUGCAACGAUGAAGUGGAAGAAGAUCGCUUGUGGACGUCCACCAGCAAUUUGGCAGUGGUGCGAUUCAUCAGUGAUGACAGCGUCUCUAAGAAGGGAUUUCAGAUGCACUUCCACGAGUCUUGUGGCCAAACGAUAAUCACUGACGACUCGCUGAUGGAUUACGUCCAACUGACCCGUCAGGCACCGCGGAACGAGACAUGUUUGUGGGUGUUUCAGGCUCAAGACCCCAAAAAACAUAUCGUCUUAACGCCCACGCAUCUCAAGCUACGCCAUGAAGUUGACAUCCAAUAUGCCACAGAGGGUGACUGUAUGCCGGUGGGUGUGAAGAUCUACGAAGGCACGGAGGCAAAAGGAACUCCACGUAUCCAGUACUGUCGCACGCAACCUCCAGCAGUGAUCUCUGUUGGAAAUGUUCUGACCGUUGCUGUGCCGCUGCAGAUCGUAGAAGAGUUCGAGGCAAAUUACAUGAUCAUGGACUCGACCUGUGGCAGCAUCUAUAACGCAAUCUCCGGCAAAUUCACAUCACCGUUUUACCCGUCCACGUAUCCGCCAAAUAUUGAGUGUAUCUGGUACCUGACAGCCUCUCUAGGCAAUUCUCUCAGUCUUACACUGGAGUCGAUGGACAUAGAAAAGUCGGACGGCUGUAAUCGGGACUAUCUAGAGGUGCGCGAGGAAUCGGAAAGGGGAAAACUCAUCGGGGUAUAUUGCGGCAAUGAGUUACCUGGAACUAUUUCCUCAUCCACCUCCAUCUGGAUGAAGUUUAAGAGCGACGAUGACAUUGUGGGCGAGGGAUUUAUGGCUUCUUACAACUACGACCACCACAACGAGGUGAAUGGCACUGAUGGCUACAUUGAGUCGCCACAUUAUCCAACGAAGUUCCUGGAUUCAGAGCCAUAUAGCUGGCGGAUAACUGUAGACAAGGAUUACGUGGUGGUAAUAUCAGUGCUCCAUCUAAAGGAUAUUGAUCAGCCACAUUUGCGAUUUUACGACGGUUAUUCGGAGAUUGGAGCUCGCAUCGAGGUGACGAAUCCAGACGAACCCAUCCGUUCUAGCACGAAUGUGGUCUACUUCGAGAGUAACCGAGGUCCCUUCCGGUUGAGUUGGCAGCGGUUGUCCAAGGAGGCCCUGCGCUCAAAUCGCACGGCGGAGGAACAGAUGCGUGUUUGUGGCCGCCAGUUAAUAACCAUUGAUCGACCAGUUAUCGGUUUCCACUCACCCGGUUAUCCCAAUGGCUACGAUAGGGGGAUACAGUGUGCUUGGAGCUUGGUUCCCUCAAAUCCGGCUUUACAUGCGGUCAUCAUGUUCAGUCAAAUCGAUCUGGAGAUAUUUGGAGGUGAAAACGAGUGCAUAGCGGAUUAUGUAAAGAUCUUAAGCAGUAAUGAUCUACAGAAUUGGUCGGAAAUGAAAAAACUAUGUACUCUGCCCACGGAAUCGACUGCGAGGAUGUUCCACGGAAAGCCCUAUCUUAGGGUAGAGUUCACCACGGAUGUCAGUGUGAACAAGACGGGAUUCAAUAGUGUGGUACGAACGGCUUGCGGAUCAGAACUAACGACCUCAAAUGGACAGGUUAAUAUAACUGAGGUUAUGGCCUUUAAUCCCCGGCCUUACUCAGAUUGUGUGUGGACCAUAAAGGUGCGCCAGGGGCGAAGGAUCAAGAUCGAUUUUCCCGACUUUCAAUUGCAAAACAACGUAAAUGGAGGAUCGAGUGACUGCCGGAACUAUCUUAUACUACGCAAUGGCAACGACGAGGACUCACCCUUUUUGGGUAGGGGUAAAUAUUGUGAGGAUGUCGUAAACGAAGUACUAAACACCACAUCGAAUAAGGCUUAUGUGAAGUUUCAUUUUGCGAACCCACCGCGUUUCUUGAUGUCCUUCCGCUUCGAGGAACUGGGUCAUGCCUGCUCUGGCAAAAUUCGUCUGACCACCGCCUCAGAUGAGCAUAUUAUUAGUACACCUUACUAUCCACACCUGCCGCAUCCUCACUCCGAAUGCAUUUGGGUCGUUGAAGCGCCGCCAGAGCACCGUAUAAUGCUGCACUUCCAGGGUACGUUCGAUUUGGUCGAAGCUAAUGGGGAGUCCCGAGAAUGCGAACAGGAAUUCGUACUAAUCAACGAUGGUAGUACGGAGCUGAAACCGGAGAUCGGUCGCUAUUGCGGAAAACGGAAACCGAACUCGAUCUACUCCACCGGCAAUCAGUUGAGAAUCCGCUACUUCACCGACGUCUCCGAGCCACAUAUAGGUUUCAAUGCCACUUUAAGUCUAGCUCGUUGCGGCGGGUCAUUCCAUAGUCCAGAGGGAGUUAUAGCCUCACCGCCACGCAAUCUCCUGGUUAUUCACGAGGCGGAUAAACAGCUACAGGAAUGUGUGUACACCAUCGAACUGGAGAAGGGCAGCACAAUGGAUAUGGAAUUUGAAUAUAUCAAUAUACCAGAGUUGGCUAACGGCAGCUGCUCUCAGCAAAAUCAUCUAUUUAUGGAGGAAAUGGAUGCCUUUGGAAUAGAUGGCGAGGAGAAAGUUGUGGACUCACUUAUGCUCUGCGGUAAAACGGAGAAGCACUUGAUAAGCGAAACCAAUAAGAUUGUGUUGCGGUAUCGUUUUCGGGGCGGCAUUCCGGAAGAUAAUGUAGGCUUUCGCUUAAAGUAUAGCACCCUGGGUUCUCGUUGCUCUCAGACUAUUUACGGAUCGGUCGGCGUUCUUCAGACACCUGGAUAUCCGGUGGGUGUUCCUCAUCCCAUGCACUGCGUUUGGCACGUGGAAGUACCGAAGGGUAUGAGAGUGCGUCUGGAGAUCCUUGACUUUAACACGGGCUCGAUGAGGAACGGAACUGCCGGGCAAUGGCCAGCGGUAACUUUUGGAUUCCGCGGUCGCCUUACCGUGGCCAACGAUUUCAAGAUGCAGUCCGUCCUGGGGCGCUACCACAGCAAUCCGCCCGCGCAAGUGGAGUCUACCGACAAUACGAUGGGCAUCGAUGCAUUUCUAUUACCUAUUGGACCUAAUCACGGGAUUAAGCUACGAUUCACUGCCUUCGGCGUCAGUACUUGCCAGCGAUUAAACUUCCAGCCAAAUGUGGCCAAGGAGAUGCGGUUCCAGCGCCUCAAUAUCAGCAAUCUAAUCCACUGCAGCUACAAAAUAGAACCAGUCGUUAAUAGCACAGUCCUAAUUCAGGUGAAGGAAUACAAUACCUCUUCUCCGAUGAUGGCGAAUAGUCAUCUCUGCGCCCUCCUCUCGCCGCUUAAAAUAAACCGAGUGGAUCAGGAAGAUCAGUUGAUGCAGCGUAUCCUCUGUAGCUACCAAGUCUCGGGCAAACCGUUGCCCUCUAUCCGGGUGCCCUUCCCCAUCGAUCUGGUGGUUUCAGGCUCCAGUCGCAACAUGUUGACCAAUCUAGUUUUGGGCUACAGUAUGCAGUCAUGCGGCGGAGUUUAUAUCCUGGAACCGGGCGACAAUACAACGGUGCAACAGCCAUCAGGAAUGAAGUCGGUUCAGGGUGCUAUCGACUGUGCCUGGGCCAUUGGACCCUAUUCAGAUGGCAGUGGCGAGGAUGACGUGGUGCUGCAAGACAUUCAACUGGAGGUGUCGGUGUAUGAUGUCUAUCUACCAACUUCACUUCCAGCUACAGGAUCUACAGAAUCCCCAUGCAUGCAUCACUAUAUUAAAAUCUACAAUGGACCCGAUCAGAAUUCACCAUCGCUGGGAAUGUUCUGUAACCAGCCGACCGCUGUGAACAUGGUGGUGGAGCGUGGUCUAUUCCUGGAAUACCACUCCGAUACCUUCUCUCCCAAUGCUACCUUCAAUGUUUCCAUAAAAUACGGAUCGGGAUGCGGAGGCAAGUUGACGUAUCCGUAUAGGGCCAUCGAAUUUAAUGAGCAAUACAAGAACAAUGUGGAGUGCAUUUGGGAGGUGGAGGCGGGAAAGGGCUAUCACAUCGGUAUCACUUUCCAAGAUCGAUUCUACAUCGAGGACAGUCCUGGAUGCACUAAGGACUAUCUGCUUGUGCAACAGCGCAAUGAUUCUGCUGGAAAUUGGACCGAUAUUAAGAGAAUUUGCGGACGUGUUCCACCGGAGAUGAUAAACACCACAUCUCCUUAUCUGCGCCUAAUCUUCCGUUCCGAUGCCGAUGUGGUUGGCGAUGGUUUUUUGGCUAGAUUUGAGAGGAAUUGCGGUGGCCUUUUGUACGCCGACGAUGAAGAUCAGGAGCUGUCUAGUCCAGGUUAUCCGGAUAACUAUGAGAGAAAUCUGCGAUGCAACUGGACGAUAGUCCCCAGGAAUCCUUCGACGGGCGGUGUCUUAAUCAGCUUUGUACAAUUCGAUCUGGAACAGGCACCGAUAUCGGUUUGUGUCUUCGACAAUGUUACGGUGACCACGAAGGAUAAGGACAAAGAUCCCGAACAGGCCAUUCUCUGCGGCAUGAAGCAUAACCACGAAUACAGGGCCAAGGAAUCCAUUAAUCUACUGUUCCAAACAGACAGCAGCUACUCCGGUCGGGGCUUUACAUUGCGCUAUAGCAGUCGCCUUUGCGGUGGUGUUAUCACCCAAAAUGCAGUAGUCGAAUCACCCAGGCAGCAUACGGAUAACACCCUACCUCCCGGUAGUGAUUGCUAUUGGAAUCUAACUGCCGCCGCGGGUCACAAAUUUACCAUUAAGUUCGAACUCCUUGACUUCGAGCCCCAUUCCAAUUGUGCCUACGAUGGCGUCGAAGUGUUCUCCGGAUCGAUUCCAGAUGAGCGACAGAGGCGGGGUCGUUUCUGCGGUCGCAUGAAUGAGGACCUGCCAGUGAUCAGUAUUCCAGAGGAGCGAGGCAUCAUACACAGUUUCUCGGAUGAUCGGGAUCCUUCUAGGGGAUUCCGUGCUCUGGUCCGCGUGAUGCCAAAUUGUGACGAAAAGAUAUCGCUGAAUGGAUCGCUGCGAUAUGUAUUUAGCAAAUUCUAUAACACCAACGGUUAUGAUCCCAAUUUGGACUGUCAUAUCGUUUUCCGGGUGAACGUGGAUCAGCAGAUCAGACUGCAGUUCAGUAACUUCCAUGUGGAAAAGUCGGACGGUUGCCUCAAGGAUUACGUAGAGUUGCGCGAUGGCGCUGGACCCUUUGCCGAUAUCAUUGGGCGUUUCUGUGGCCAGGAUCAGCCACCCACCAUAACCACAUCCAGGCAUACGCUCUUCCUGCGUUUUGUCACUGAUAACUUGGUUAAUGACUCCGGUUUCGAGGUGACCAUCAAUGCUGUUCCUCUACUCUGCGGUAGUCCUAUAAUUACUUUAAGCUCUGAAGGAACCAGAGGACCCAAGGAGGUCACUAUUAACUCUCCGCCAAGAACGCCAGGCGGUAACUACGCCAAUGGAGUUUCGUGCUUCUGGAAAAUCAAAAGCGAUUCACCGAUAAAGGUCACUUUCGUCAGUUUUGAUCUCCAUGGACCCGAUGCUAACGGCAGCUGUGUAGAGGACUUCUUGAAGAUCUACAACGGUGAGGACGCUCAGCUAGUGGAACAGGGCUUUGGCAGCGAGUUGGUCUUUAAUGGGCAGACGUCCAGACGCAACCACUUUGACUAUGCCCAGGAACACGUAUACUGCGGCAACGCAAAGCCGGACAUUUAUUACGCCAAUAACGACGAGGCGUACCUGAAGUAUCAGUCAAAGAGUUUGGAGCAACGUGCCGGAUUCCAGGUUAAGGCCUCGGCGAACUCCAACAGUGAGUUGAACUUUGAUGGCCUGCAGGGAAGAGUGCGUAUAUCGCAGACGACCGAUUGCAUCAUCAAUAUUCGUGCACCGCCCAAUCACACCCUCAGCUUGUAUUACACCGAAUUGGUUUUCGGUACUUGGGAUUGCAAUUUGGAGAAUUUGGAGGUCUUCGACAAGGACAAUAAGUCGUUGCAGCGCGACUGCAGCUUUGUAGAUGUCGGCAAAAGCCUGUUCAGCUAUUCGGAUCAACUUCGGUUGAACGUGAAGACCGGCACUUAUUUGACCAUGCUAGAUCUCACCUAUCUGGCCAGUCCGAUUGAUAAGGGACCCGGAUGCGGUGGACAGUUCUACAACACCGAAGGCAUCUUCACCAAUCCCUUUUAUCCAAACAAUGUAAGGAAUAACUCCGAGUGCCAGUGGAUCGUCCAGGUUCCGAGCAAUAAUAAAGUACUUCUCACAUUCGAAGUCUUUAAUCUAGGCUCCAAGACCACCUGUCACACGGACUAUUUGCAGAUCCUGGAGAAGGACGGAGAAAAUGGAGAGGAUCUUGAAGUGAGACGCUUUUGUGGCGAGGACAACCCGAAGUUCUAUAAGAGUAAUCGCAGCCAAGUGGUAGUCCGUUUCCACAAGACGGUCAACUACGAUGGUGUCGGCUGGGUUAUUCGAUUUGCCGGGGUCUACUCCAACUACCAGAUACCCAGACAGCUCAUGGGCGGCAGUGAACUCUUGUAGUCACCCUGAGGAAUCUGAUGCGAUAAUAAGCAACUUUUUUUUAUUGUAAUAAAUCAUUUCUAAUAAAUAUAUCGAAAUAAAACAAUUUUCAAGACACUCCUUUAAAUAAGUAUAAAACAAUAAAGUCAUUACUAUACUGUAUUUUUGCUUAACGUGUUUGAAA